AUGAAUCAAACAUUUUCAAAUUUGACGUUUUCGUUCCAGAUACCCCAAUUUGAUCCAAAAUUAAAAUUUGUUGAACAAGUUGUUUUAACAACUAUAUUCAUAUCAGCAUUAAUUGGAAAUAUAUUCGUUUUGACACUUAUUUUACGAAAUAAACAUCGACGUUUUACCAGAAUGCCAUUUUUUAUUUUAAAUUUAACAAUAGCCGAUAUUCUUGUUGCACUAUUUUGUGUUUUUCCAAUGUUAAUUUGGAAAUCGACAACAACAUUUUUCGGCGGUGAUAUUCUAUGUAGAGUGAUGGCGUUUAUAAUGUUAACAGUCACAUAUAUAUCCGUUUAUACAUUAGUUCUAAUGGCAAUCGAUAGAUACAAAGCUAUUGUUUAUCCAUUAACAACUUAUACGUGGACUGCUCGUUCUGGUUUAUUUCAUAUAAUAUUUGUCUGGUGUUUAAGUUUUUUAUUGGCAACACCACAAUUGUUCAUAUUCGGAGUUGGAAUCCAUCCAGCUUAUAUAAAUAAUCCAAAUGCUAAACUUAGUUGUGUGGCAAAAUUUCCCGUCAAUGAUCCAAAAUGGGAAUUAACCUAUAUCAUUUGGACAAAUAUAGCUCAAUUUAUUAUACCAGUCUCUGUACUUCUCUUUUGUUAUGGUUCCAUCUAUUUAUUAGUGAGUAAAAAUUUUUCCAUGAGACGUUUAAUACACACAAAAAAUAAUAGUUUUAAUGCAAGUACAAACCAUUUAAGUAUCAAUAACAAAUCGUCGACCAUAUUUAACCAUCUUAUUGGUACACAUAUUCAUGUUAAUUAUCAUUCAGCAGCAAGUAGAUGUUUUCGACAACAACCACCACAUGUUUUAAAUUCACGUUGUCCGACAGUUGAUUGUAUUCCAAAUAGUGCAAAUGGUGAUAGUUUCGAUAGAACAGUUACUUAUCAUAAAAACCAGCAUCGAAAAAAUGUUUAUAUACGAGAUGCUAUGUAUCCAGUUGUCAUACGUUUAAGUCGACAGAGUAAUAUUUCAGUUGAAAGUGCAGAUGCCUAUCCUAGACAACAUUGUGCAAAUUUUCUAUCACGAGCAAGACUAAAAACGAUUAAACUCACAUUUAUUGUUGUCAUUCUUUAUAUUAUUUGUUCAACACCGUUCUAUGUUGGAUCCAUUAUUAUGACAUUGAAUAAUAAAUUUAUUUCAAAAAAAACAGCAAACUGGCUUUAUACAAUAUUUAGUUUAAUGUUAAAUUUAAAUAGUUGUUCAAAUCCAGUGAUAUAUUUGACAUUAAGUGGUGGCCUAUUUAGUUUUCGACCGAAAAAACAUUAUAGACCAGUACAAAAUAUAAUAUUUCAAUUUGGAAUGGAUAAUAGUAUGAUUCCAGUUUUAGCUUACGAUUUUGUGGCAUGUUUGGCAUAUUUACAGGCAUGA